AACAGACACCUGCUGAUUGAUUGAUUUCUUUCUUUCUCUCAAUGCAAAUGCCAAAAGUAAAAAGUUAUUGGAUAUUUGUUCAAUCCAAUGGAGAGAUAUGGAAACACUUUUGAUCAUCUUUUGUCUGCUUGCAGUAGGUGUUCAUCCAGUGGAGUCUGUGAUCAGGGUGACUGAAUAUGAAGGUAGAUCAGCAGUGAUCAUAUGCUCCUAUGAUAGAGUAUAUGUGGGAUACUCCAAGUACCUCUGCAGAGGAAAGUGUGUCUGGGGGAGUAAAGACAUUCCAAUCAGGGCUGAAGCAGGUCAGACCAAAGCAGUCAAAGGAAGAUUCUCUCUGCAUGAUGACACCACUGCUGGAGUCUUCACUGUGACCAUCACUGGACUGACUACAAAGGAUUCUGGGAAGUGCUGGUGUGGGAUUUCAACAGGAUUUGGAAGAAAUGAUGUGUUCACUGAAGUGAAGUUAAGUGUUGAAAAAGGUCCCCCUCCCACCCUGAUCUCGACACAUGGACCCUCCACCGAAGACCAAACUGUCUCAUCUUCACCUUCAUCUUCUUCACCUCCAGCAUCCAACACCUCUCAGUUUGGGCAAAUCAGGAAGACAGCCAUGAGUGUAUCUACAACAGACCAUCCAGCUGCUGCUAAGCCUCAGACGGACCACAAGGACCCAAAAGAUCCUGUUGCCAUGGUGAUCCUGUGUGUGCUGGUGCUGUUGGUUGUGGUGACAGUGUAUGUGUUAGUUUCAGCCUGCUUGUACAGACAGAGGAGGAAGCAGGCACCAGUUUGCGGCCCAUCCAGCCUUCACAACAGUGAUCACAUGGUCGAGCCCAAUGAUUACGAGAUGUCUGAGGAGCUGGGCAGUGUCCCAUCAACCAGAGUGUCGGUCAACCUUGCAGACACACCCUAUAGACCCUCUGAGGCUGUCACACACAUCUCAGACCAGCCUAUCAUCUGCAAUUCUAAGGAAAAUGUCAUCUACUCAAUAUUUCACCCAAUUUCACCUGAAAAGACAGCAUCCACCGCAAUGCAGUAUCCAGUGUACAAGGUGUAAUUAGCCAUUUCUCUCAGCACAGUUUGUUGU